GACCUGAGACAGUGUGAAUCUUAUUUUUGAUCCGCACCUGCUUUGACACCGCGGUGAUGCAGAUGGAGGAGGCGGUGUCGCAUGGAGGAGCGGACGGAGCAGAUGGUGCACCCGGACAAGCGCCGCUGCAAGACUGCACAGGUGCUUGUUGUCAUGGAGGAGCAAAGAUGGCGGUCCUGGCCUAUAGCCUGGGCAAACGCGAAAUAAAUCAACAUUUCACCAUAAAAAAUGCCAAAUUGAUAUCGCUGGUUGUCGUUUUCCUGCUCCUCGUGUUUCACACAGCUUCGCGGUACUAUGGAGGCGGAGACUCAUGUGAAUGGCUGCUAUCCAGAGGACGAUACUUGGGGGAGAAUGUAUGGCAGCCUUAUGGCUGCAUGAUGCACAAAUACAAAAGCAUUGAAGCCAAAACCUGCCUUGCUGAAAAGCGGGUGGCCUUUGUUGGUGAUUCACGAAUCAGGCAACUAUUUUACUCCUUCAUCAAAGUUAUUGACCCUGAGCGAAGAGAAGAUGGAAAUAAGCACGAGGACAUUUCCUUUGAAGAUGAGAGUUCCUCUCUUAAUGUGGACUUCUUGUGGUAUCCAGAGGCAAAUAAUUCAAUGAAAGAGCGCUUGAUAUCAUGGACACACGAAGCUUCAGCAAAGCCAGAUGUUGUCAUCCUUGGAGCUGCCACAUGGUCCAUCAAGUUGCACAGUGGCAGCAGCGAGACCCUGCAGCAGUACAAAGUCAACCUGACAGCCCUUGCUGUGCACCUGGAGAAGCUGGCUGACCAUGGAGAGGUCUACUGGGUCCUGCAAGAUCCAGUAAAUGAGGAGGUGUUGAGUGACAACAGGAAAAUGAUCACCAACCAACAGCUUGAACUGUACAAUGAGGCAGCGGUGGACGUGCUCAACAGCAGCAAGCGUAACAGCAGGUCUCGGGUCAAGCUGUUGGCCGCGUCCCGCCAGGCCGCAAUGGAAACUAUCACCCAGUCAGACGACGGCUUGCACCUGCCUGAGAGCACCAGGAAUGUGGGAGCUAUGAUCCUCAUGAACUCGGUGUGCAACAAGCUGCUGAGGCCUAUUGACGGUUCCUGCUGCCAGACAGUACCACCCCCAAACCUUCUCCAGAAACUGUCGGCAUGUUUCUUCCUGGGCUCAGCCGCAGUCUUCCUGGUCCUCCACGUCCUUGGCAACAACCGCCACCGCCGACCAGUGCCCCCGGACGUGGAGAGCCUGGAGGAGAAGAAGCCAGCGACUGCAGCUGUCCCCCUUGGUCCAAAGGCACCCUUCCAGGCCCUCUGCAGGAUGGGUGUCAUCAUGGGCUAUUUUUACCUUUGUGACAGAGCAGAUGUUUUCAUGAAAGAGCAGAAGUUCUACACACACUCCACGUUCUUUAUCCCUCUCAUCUAUAUAUUUGUCCUGGGAGUGUUCUACAGUGAGAACAGCAAGGAGACCAAAUUACUCAACCGAGAGCAAACAGAUGAGUGGAAAGGCUGGAUGCAGUUGGUUAUCCUUAUCUAUCACAUAUCUGGAGCCAGUGCUUUCAUUCCAGUGUACAUGCAUGUGCGGGUGCUAGUUGCAGCAUACCUUUUCCAGACUGGCUAUGGACAUUUUUCCUUUUUCUGGCUCAAAGGAGACUUUGGACUGUAUAGAGUGUGCCAGGUGCUUUUCCGUCUGAACUUCCUGGUCUUGGUGCUGUGUGUGGUAAUGAACAGACCCUACCAGUUCUAUUACUUUGUCCCAUUGGUAACCUUCUGGUUUGUCGUAAUCUACGGCACGUUGGCCAUGUGGCCUCAGAUCCUUCAGAAGAAGGCCAACAAUAGUGGCAUGUGGCACCUUGGGGUCUUGACGAAGUUACUGGGCCUCCUGCUGUUUAUCUGCUUCUUUGCAUUUUCACAGGGUUUCUUUGAGAGUAUCUUCUCUGUGUGGCCCAUCUCCAAGCUCUUUGAGCUGAACGGAAGCAUACACGAGUGGUGGUUCAGAUGGAAGCUGGACCGAUUUGCGGUGAUACACGGAAUGUUAUUUGCCUUCAUCUAUCUGGUGCUGCAGAAGCGCCAGGUGCUCUCAGAGGGCAAAGGAGAGGCUCUCUUCUCUGCCAAGAUUUCCAACCUGCUCCUCUUCCUCUCUGUCGUCUCCUUCAUAACUUACUCAAUAUGGGCUAGCAGCUGCAAAACCAAAACAGAGUGCAACGAGAUGCAUCCUUACAUCUCUGUGGUCCAGAUUUUGGCCUUCAUUCUAAUCAGGAACAUUCCUGGCUACGCCCGCUCUAUAUAUAGCUCAUUCUUUUCUUGGUUUGGAAAGAUCUCUCUGGAGCUGUUCAUAUGCCAGUACCACAUCUGGCUGGCAGCAGACACCAAGGGAAUUUUGGUCUUGAUCCCAGGAAACCCUUCACUCAACAUCAUGGUCAGCACCUUUAUCUUCGUCUGUGUGGCUCAUGAGAUUUCUCUCAUCACCAAUGACCUGGCACAAGUGGUUAUCCCCAAAGACAGCAUGGCCCUGCUGAAGAGACUGGGGGCCAUGGGGCUCUUCAGUCUGGUAGUAUUGCUGCUAGCUAGGGGCAGCCAGCCCACACCCGGCGCCUGAUGGAUACCUCUUGAUGGAGCAGGCCCCGUGUUUUAGUCUGCUGGUGGUCACAGGAGACAACCUCAGUUGUGUUUGUAGAGCAACAACACAAGGACACAUGGGAGAACAGUGUCUCGCUGCUGGCCAUGUUUGAGCAGAGUCUGUACUUUUUUGACUGCUGUGAAAGUCGCACACUGAAGAAAAUAAAAAUGCCCAAAGGAGGGAGGGGGGGGGGCUCUCUCCUUUCUGGGCAAAGUGCAAAUUUUAAGAGAUGAUAAAAAAAACAAAGAACAAAACACUCAAACGUUUACAUUAUUUGGAUUCAACAGAAAAGGAAAGGAAACAUUUGGAGAUGUGGAAAAAGAGGUCCUCUCAUUUCAUUCAUGCUUGCUAUGUGAAUUUUUGCAGCAUUGCUUCUAUUUAGCCAAACACACUAAUAAGAAGUUUGUUUUGUCACAUAGAGUACUUCCUGUCAUUGCUUCACUCUGGAAGGGAUCAGUAGGCACACACUCCGUCCACAUGGCAGCAGCAGUUGAAGGUGUUUUCAUAACCUACAUAUUCAGAUAUCUAAAUUCGAGUAAAAAUUUGGAGUGCAAUUGUUAAAAUGUUGGAUUAUCCCUUGACAUAUUUUUGCUAAUGUUUUUGUGAAUAAUUUUAGAAAUGUAUGCCUUGUGCUGAAAGGUACCGUGGUCACCUGCUGUAGCGCUGAAAUUCUAUGUGAUAUGUACAGUAUUUAAUGAUUUAAAUUAAGCUUAUAUUUUAUACAGGUUUUUUUUUUUUUUAUUUUGUACAUGGCGCUCAUGACUGCUGUUUGUGAAGGAAGUAUUACAUAGUUUUGUACCCAUCCCAGCAUCUCCUAUGAUUACCUGCCUCAGAGACACAUUGCAGAGGUUGAGCCUUUACAGUGUGACACCCGUCUGUCCUACUAGCUCACUUCAUAGGCUGUGUAUAUUUGUAUGAUAGAGUGUGAGACUUUAUUUUAUAUAGCAAUGCUUCAGCAGUGCUUUUAGGUCCUUUAUCCUUCAAUUGCCGUAAAAAACAUGCCUCAUAACUCUGGUGGAAAAUGCACUGGCUUGCACAUAUUGUACAAUAGGACAGACAGCUAAAUAUACAUCGUCUCCUCGCUGCCACCGCCAGUGAACGUUUUGGUCAGUGAGUGAGUGACUGAAUAAGUGAUUUCUUAAGAUUGAAUGCCUUUGAACAUACAGCUUUUCUCAUUGGCUCAUACAUGCAGUACAUCGUCUGUGAUGUAGCCUGGGAUCACACUCUUCUGUCUGUCAGGCACUUCGCAUCAGAACCACUUCAACAUUUAAAGACAACUGCUACGUAAUGCAGUGACUCACCUGAGAAGACAUAAUACUGUUGUUUAUAGGAAAAUAUUGUAUAUUUUGUCACUUGACAAGUGGGUGAUGUGUCUUUGCCUAUAUAUCCUCAGACUUUUAAGAGAGAUUAGCACUUUUGUUGUAAGACCUGAAUUUUUUUUUUUUUUUUUUCUUCAAUCUUUGCAGUGAAAUACAAUGUUAAACAUGCGUUUAACACGGUACCAGUGCAGAUGCUUUCUGCACUUUAGCACAUUUUUAUUGGGUAAAUCAAAUGUUUUGUCAAGGUCAUUUGGCAGAUACAAAAAAGAAUGAUAAUGUAACAUCCUAUCUGUUUUGGAUAUGAAUUUUGAGUUGCAUAAUUCAUCUAUGGGGUAGUAAAUGUUUGCGGUGUCAGUUGUUUUUCACACAUUUAUGUAGCUUCUCUUUAAAAGAAAAACAUGGGUCCACAAAGAAUAGUCUUUUUCAUUACAGUGGAAUAAUUUUUCCACACCUAUCAAAGCUUCUCCUGUUAUUUAUCUGAUGAUGUGCAGUUCAGGUUGUUUCCUCAAACCGAGUAAGAGCCAAGUAAAUUUGUAAUUUCUAUUACCUGUCAUCUCCUCAUUGUAUAGAGGAAAAUGGCAUUUCCAUGUUGCAAUUUUUCAUCAAUGUGUGAAGUUUACUGAUCUGUUCUCUUGUCUAUUACUGAUCAACAGCUAUAAAUUUGGUCAUUUGUUUCAGGCCUUAAUAGAUCUUUUUGGUCGUGUAAAAGCAACAACUAUUUAUACCCCUGUGCAGGGCCUCUUUGAAAUAUGUUACAUGUAAAUUUUUUUGUGAUGUCAUAAAAAUGUGAAAUGUAUCCAUAUUAUUUAUAAAUGCCUUUAUUCUGUUGUACAUUGUUAAUAAUACCUUCAUAAAAUGUG